AAGCAGGCAGCAGCAGCAGCGAGGCAGCAAAGCAGCAGCUAAGCAGCUCCGUGGCCGUCGGCGAGCCCCUCGAUGAAAAGAACUGUACGGCGGUGAGGAUCAUUCAGUGAACGUUGCAGUUCGUUCGAGCGUGAUAAAGAGAGCCGAAACAGGCCGUCAAGCAGCGGCCAGACGAUUUUAACGCCGCGAGAUCGCGGCCGAACGUGUUUGUCCGACGCAUUGCCCGGGCGAACAGCGCCAGGGGACUCAGGGGAGUGGUUCGUUCCUCAGUGCCCGGUGUCCGCGACUGGUCCGCGGUACGUGGAACGCGACGCAGUGUAAUUCGUGCGGAUAGCGGCAGGUGCGCGGACCGCUGCCAUUGCGAGCGAGACGAAGAACUAGGAGCGGCAGCUCGUAGAGUGUGAAUCGUGCGGUGAGCGGACAGAGUGAGCGGGAUUAUCGGGAAACGGGGCUUUUUGUAUACGAGCCGGGCGUCGUAGCUCGAUUGUUCUUCUUCUCGGUCUUCGCGUCCUCGUCAUCGCAGUUUCUAGCCGACCAACGGAACGCCGGAACACGUCCGAUUACCCAGGCGAAACGCGGAGUGAGACAUAGAGAGAGAGAGAGCGAGAGAGAGAGAAAGAGAAAGGGAGGCGGAGUGCGAGGUGUUCGAUAUCUACCAAAGGUGAACGCCGAAUCGACCUGAGGAAGGGCUCAGGGAUCGAACGGAGAAACAAGCCGAAUCCAACGACCGAGAAAUCAGGGAGGAGGAGGCGGUGGAGGAGGAAUUGUGGAGGGCGAAGGAGGCAAUCCGCGGGUGGAUAAGCAUAGGACGAGCAGGAAGAGGCGGAGGAUUUGAAGGUACAAGUCAAGCUGGCGCGCGGUGCUGGCAUCUCGGAGGUCCAUAGUUUGCGGUAGGAUAGGAGGAGGGCCGCGGGUUGCAGGUGCAGUUGAAGCGGUACAUUCGAAAACCGGAGGAGGAUCAUCGAGUUCGGUGUCGUCGUUUACGUCAAUCGAAUCCAGUCACAACGUUACUGUAAUAAUCCCAACAGCGACACCGACAACAACAGCAACAACAGCAGCAGCAGCAGCAGAAGCAUCGUCGUCGACGGUAGUAACAACAACAAUAAGAACAAGAACAGCGUCAAGAAAGAAGGAGAAGAAGAGGAAGAGGAAGAAGGAGGAGGCGGUGGUGGUGGAGGAUAGUAAAUAUCGUAUCGAGAGGAUCUGGGGCGAGAGGAGGAAGAGGAAGAGGAAGAGGUAACGAGGAGAGGAGGGACGACGACGGACCCCUGCAGGCCUGGACAUCAGGUCCCCCUCCCCCCCCUCCCGAACCCCUCCCUCUAUUCAACCCCGGCCCCCCUGCCUCUCUCUCACCCCUCCCACCCACCCACCCUCCCGUCCGACCCCACGCACCCUUAACCCACUACCCCUUCCGUCGCUUGGAGAAAACCCGACUACGGUCUGUUUUUCGAUAGAGAAACGGGGUACGAAAACGCAUCAUGAACGAACUCGAUAGUCUUCGCCAGGAGGCGGAGACGCUCAAGAAUGCGAUCAGGGAUGCUAGAAAAGCGGCAUGCGACACAAGUCUUUCCCAGGCGACGUCAGGCAUGGAACCAAUUGGGCGGAUACAGAUGCGAACGAGACGCACACUUCGCGGUCAUUUGGCAAAGAUUUACGCUAUGCACUGGGGCAGCGACUCCAGUAGGAACCUAGUAUCUGCGUCCCAGGAUGGCAAGCUGAUCGUCUGGGACAGCUACACAACCAACAAGGUCCACGCCAUACCACUCCGCUCUUCGUGGGUAAUGACAUGCGCCUAUGCGCCGUCGGGCAGUUACGUCGCUUGUGGUGGCCUCGACAAUAUAUGCUCCAUUUAUAGCCUCAAAACAAGGGAAGGCAACGUCCGGGUAAGCCGAGAGCUGCCCGGUCACACUGGAUAUUUGUCAUGCUGCCGGUUCCUUGACGACAAUCAAAUCGUCACUAGCUCAGGUGAUAUGUCAUGCGCGUUGUGGGAUAUCGAGACUGGUCAACAGUGCACAUCGUUCAUUGGUCACACAGGUGACGUUAUGUCGCUGUCGCUGGCGCCAGACAUGCGCACAUUUGUAUCGGGUGCCUGCGACGCAAGUGCCAAGCUAUGGGAUAUUCGCGAGGGUUCAUGCAAGCAGACUUUCCCGGGUCACGAGAGUGACAUUAACGCCGUUACGUUCUUCCCUAACGGCUACGCGUUCGCAACCGGUUCAGACGACGCGACGUGCAGACUAUUCGACAUAAGGGCGGACCAGGAACUCGCUAUGUACAGCCACGACAAUAUUAUCUGCGGCAUAACUAGUGUGGCUUUCAGCAAGUCGGGCAGGCUCCUUCUAGCCGGUUACGAUGAUUUCAAUUGCAAUGUCUGGGACUCGAUGAAGAGCGAACGUGCCGGAAUUCUGGCUGGACACGACAACCGCGUAUCCUGUCUUGGCGUAACGGAGGACGGUAUGGCGGUGGCGACGGGCUCAUGGGACUCUUUCCUUCGCAUAUGGAA